AGCAUAAGACAGUUGUAGCAAAUUACCCACCACAGCGAGUCCGUCAACAACGGUUCGAAUGGAGCAUAGGGGAAAUAAUUAGAUUAGAGGCCCUUCUGUCACCUAGGCCUGGCACUGUUGGCCCAAACUAGAGCAGCUUAUUUGAUGGUCACUGUUGGAAAUCCACCUUAUUAGUCCGUCGAGUGUCGAUCCAAGCGGUAACGGUUCCCGGUGAUCUAGUGUUCCCUUCUCUGGUGGUAUCCGGAACUCCCGUCGUGAGGCCCAUUGUGUGGAGAGACGGGUGCGGGUUGCGUAAUCGGUGCGGUGAAAGUGCGAAUGUGCAAAUUUCUCGUUUUGAUCAGUGAUAUUUGGUAUUUGGAAAACGGGUGCAAGGAAAGCUAUCCGGAAGGCAUACCGACACUUCUCAUCAGAUACGUUCCGGCGUAAAAAGCGGCCAAAAUGCCUCGGGGCAAUGGAGGUCUCGAGUAUAUGAUGACACUUGGAUAUACCUUGAUAGUGGUAACGGUUGGCAUCAUGAUUUGGGCAUCCCUGGCUGGAGCUCGAGAGAUAGAUGUGUCGCAACAUCCACCAUGCUUCUUCAAUGCACUUUGCAGCUGUUCGAAAAGUUCCCCAGACCUAGGUGUGGUGGAUUGUCGAAACGUACACUUCCCAGCGAUACCAAAAGUCAUAAACAGCUCGAAACUGUUUAUGCUUCGUAUGGACAACACCGGUUUGCGUGAAAUAGAUCCCUAUUUCUUUCAGGCCACCAGUUUGUACAAACUGCACAUUUCGAGAAAUCCCAUUGCAAAAAUUUAUGAUGAAACUUUCUACGGUUUGGAACGGUCACUUUGGGAGCUGGUACUAGAGGACUGUCAUCUUAUAGAUGUACCUUCGAGGGCUAUUCGGGAUCUGAAGAAACUGCGUUUACUUAGUCUUCGAGGAAAUGGUAUUACCGCCAUUGAAACCGGUGCCUUCCGGGGGUUGGAGAAAUCCUUGCAAACACUUAUUCUGGCAGACAAUUCGAUUUCUGUCGUGUUGCCCGGUUCCGUAAGUGGAUUACCAAAUUUGGAUACUAUUGAUCUCAGUGGGAACAACUUGGCCCAUGUAGAUCCGAAUGCAUUCAAGGACGGUCUAGGGAAACUAACGAAAGUGUUCCUUGCGAAUAAUAUGCUGAGUCAUAUACCGUACGGAGCAUUGCAACCAUUGCGUAUGCUACGAGUUCUAGAUCUUUCGCACAAUCUCAUUCGAACAAUGGCCCCGGAUGAAGUUGAUUCCAAAAUAAGUUUCAAGUUGACACUGGAUGUGCUUCAAUUGCAGUACAAUUCCAUUCAAGAAAUUCCGUCCUUAUCGUUCAGCUUUUUUGAUACGAUCAACUCCACCUAUCUGGAUGGCAACCCCAUCAACCACAUUGAAGACAACGCUUUUCGGCAAGCAAAAAUACGUGAACUGUACAUUCGAAACUGCGGUCUGGAUUUCAUUUCACCGGAAGCCUUCUCCGGUCUUGAAAGUUCACUGCAAGUUCUCGAUAUGUCCGGAAACAACUUGACACACAUAGCCGACAAUAUGUUCCAGGGUUUUGAUAAUUUACGAUUCCUUAGCAUUAAGGAUAACCUCAUCAAACAACUCGAUCUGCGGAAUGCUUCGCCUUUUGCGGGAGUUAAUCUGUUCAAACUAGACACAACCGGAAAUCAAAACAAACCCUUAACGCUGAAGCAACUUUCCGAGAUGAAAAAUCUACGGUUUCUGGCCUCAUCCCAUCUUUCCGAUUUUUCUCUGAGAUCGGAAGAUUUCGUUGACUUCAGUCCGGAUCUGGAAGAGUUGAAGCUCACCCGGGCUGGUAUUAAAUCUAUUAAAAACCAUGCCUUCACGUAUCUCCACGGUUUGAAGCGCCUUGAUCUGAGUGAGAACCGAAUCGAUAGCAUAGAGGCGAUGGCUUUUGCAGAGAUCGGACAUUCACUGUGUUCACUUCGGAUGUCACAUGGAUUGGGUGCCCAAAUGGCGAAAAUACCGCAGGAAGCAUUCCGGUAUCUGGUUGCACUGGAAGCCUUAGAUCUUAGUAACAACAAGCUUAAAACGUUAAGCGACAACAGUUUCCACUUCAUGAAGAAUAUCGUGAGCUUAGAGCUACACGACAAUCAAAUCGACAAUCUGCCGAAGGGAAUCUUUCAAUCAGAUAUCCAUAGCAAACUAGCCGUAGUAUCGUUGCGGUACAAUAAUUUGAAGCAGCUGCUAGCGCAUACGUUUGUCGAUAUGGAGGAACUUGAUGCCAUCUAUCUGGACGACAAUCGAAUAGAAACCAUUGAGAGGCGAGCCUUCAUGAACUUGGACAGUUUGAAAAUCCUCAACCUCAGAGGCAACAGACUUAACAAGAUUUCGACGGAAGCAUUUCAGAACCUACCGGAACUAGAAAAGCUCGACUUGGCAUACAACUCACUACUUUCGUUUGAUUUUGAGUACUUCGAUCAGGUCGGUUCACUGGCCUCAUUGGAAAUUGACGUAAGUCAUAAUCGAAUUAGGGCGCUCGGUGAGAUACCAGAGAUGAAUAUCAGUGAUUUCUCAACACUACCUGUUGCAGCAGCAAACAACGCUCGUGAUCAUGGAUUUGCACAUACAAACAUCAAAUCGUUGAAUAUGUCCAGCAAUAACAUUACGAAAAUCAUAGAUGGUUACUUCAAACCUGUUGAGCUAUCCCUAAUGAGGUUAUCACUAGCGAAAAAUCGUCUAAAUAGUACAAGUCGUGAUCUUCUUGGGAAUAUGAUACACUUACAGUGGUUGGAUUUAGAUGGUAAUCUUAUAAGCGAAAUCGAUUACGAUACAUUCAGGUAUACAAAAAAGUUGCAAGUCCUGAAGAUGUCACAUAAUAUGAUAUCCGAAAUCCCAUCGGAACUAUUCCGAAAUGUUCGAAGUCUUAGGAUACUCAAAAUGGCCCAUAAUAAUCUAAAGGCUUUACCAGACAACCUUAUCUUGGAAGAAGGAUUGGAAUAUCUGGAUCUAUCCUACAAUCAGUUUAGUAAAAUCCCAAUCAUGUCACUCUCAAACUUAGCUGCGCUUACUUUAUGCGAAUUGGAUUUGAGUCAUAAUCAGAUUACUGCUAUUCAUAGCGUGGAUUUAUCCAACAAGUUCAGAUCUCUUUCCGUACUAGAUCUAUCUCACAAUCGACUGGUUCGAUUGGAAGAUGCGACUUUCGCUACUGUGCCGAAACUGUCACUGCUCGAUCUUUCACACAACGAUGAACUGGAAUUCAUGGGAAAAGCAUUCCUAGGGCUUGAGAAUAGCCUCAUCGAGCUUCGCUUGGCAAAUGUUUCUCUUCAAACAGCUCCUGAACUUGCCAAUCCGUCUCUUCGUAUACUUAAAAUGUCGCACAAUAAUCUUCCUUCAUUUCCACCGGAUCUGGCUGCUAAUAUGUCUUCGUUGCGAGAAUUGGAUCUUUCCGAAAAUGACCUCUACCACGUCCCGCUAAUAACACACGCACUGCCAAAUCUAAGGUCCCUCUCCCUGGCUGGGAACCCAAUAUCAACAAUGACAAAUUCUAGCCUUCUCGGUACAGCAGAAACACUAGAACACCUUAACAUUGCCAACCUAAAUUUAGUUAUUUUUGAGAAUGGCCUUUUGAACAAACUUCGUUACUUGAAAACGCUACGAAUAUCCGCUUAUCCAAAUAUACAGAAAUUCAAUAUUCCUCGUAUUUUGGAAAAUUCCAAUAACUUACGAGAGCUAUGGAUUGACGCGCCUAAGCCGCCACAAGAUCGAUCGGGUUCAACCACGCCGAAAAAGCCGCAACUACUAACAAUACCGGCCAGUGAUCUUCGCCAAGAAAUGGAGGGACGCUUACCGUUUAAAUUGUCUAGCGUUACUUUUAGUGGCUCUGGGUUCAACAGUCUCGCAGAUAAUGUACUACAUGGAAUUCAGUCGUCUAAUUUACAUCUUGCAUUCUUAAACACAUCACUGCCAAGUUUGCCAAAAAACUUUUUUAAAAAUAUGGGAAAGAAUGUGAGAAACAUUUCGCUCAAUUUAGAAGACAGUAAUAAACUGUUAAAGUCGGUACCGAAUCCAAAUACCGCACACUAUUUGCAUCUGCCGGACUAUGUGUUCCUAGUAAAUCUGCGUAUAUCGGGAAAUGCAUUGUCUUGUGAUUGCGAAAUCGGAUGGGUGGAAUUUUGGCAGCGGAAGCGGCGGCAGUAUAUUUGUCUAGCGCAACCAUGGAUAGAAAACAGCAGCUUUAACAGCUAUUUCAAACAUCACCUAUCUCCGUCGAUAUCGCAUAACAGUGACGAAUGUGAAGAAUCGGCCGACGAUCUACGCGAAGCCACCUGCAGCAACAAAAAAGACGAAAGUCUUCUAGAAGUGCUCAAGAAAGACCUGGAAUGUGGUUGGGGUAGUGCGGCCUCUCGACUGGGAAUCGUGCCGGCGAUAGCAUUUGUGUCCGUGUUCGUAGUAUUAAUGAUCUGACUUAUGCAGUACUUGUUCAAAAUGUACAGUGAGUUUUAUGACUAUCUGGAACGGUUAUAUGGGGAUCAAAGUGCGGUCAAUGGGGCAAGGACUGCUUCGUACGUUGAUGACACGUGCAAUUAUGCAAGUGAUUUUGAACUUGAAUUAGAGGAGUUCGAAGGACUCUGAUUUUGUUAUUUCUCUGUUUUUUGUUAUUUUGCCAUGAACAUUCCUUGUCAAUUGUCUGCUAAGCUGAGAUAUUUUUAUGCCAUCUAUUUUGUAAGAUCAUAGUUUCCACGUGUUCUUGUGAAUUCAAUGUGCCAAGUCAUUAUGGAGUAAACAUUUUGUCAGGAAGUAUUAAAA